AUGAAAAAGAUAAGUUCAGAUAAAAAAAAAAUGAUAUUUGUGAUAAUUUUUGUGCUAAUAAGAAGUAAUAGUUCGUACAAGGUUGUUUACAGUAAUUUUUUUGGGACAUUAAAUUUAAACAAUGGUAAUUAUUGAUUUAAAGAAUAAUAGAUUGGUUAAGAAUAAAUAAAGGUAGUCACUAUUAUGGAAUAGCCUUAUGUAACGGUCAUAAUGUUUUAAGUAUUGAUAACCAAAGCACAUAAUAUAAUGUGCUGAUUCAUAAAUCAUUUAGUUUAGAGCCUCAUUAUAAGGUAAAACUUGAAUUUAAACUUUGGCAGUAAUAUAAAUAAUUUAUAUAUAAAUUAGAAUAGAUAAUUGGAACAACAAUCGUUUUUUAAUUUACAUAGAUAAUGAAAUAGUUUUAGACCAUUUAUACUCUUGUUCAAUGAGUGCAACACAACUUUGUGGUGAACCAUCAAAUGACGAAAUCAUAGAAAUAUCAUAAGAUUAUCAACAUAAUCGUCCUUCUGCAUAAAUAGCAAUUCUUGCUUAAUUUGGAAAAUGGGGAAUUUCAGAAUUCAAGUUAAUUAUAGAGGAGUGUGCUUGUGGAUGCUCAUUUUGCAAUUCUCAAGGUUGUUUUGAUUAGGUGAUAUCUUUUCAAUCUUUUACAUCAGUUUUUUUUUCAUCACCAAGUGUUUAAGAAAGUUGGAAUCCUUCAAAUAAUAUCGAUUAUUGUCAUGGUAUAUAUUAUUAAUUAAAAUGAUAGACCUUUAUUAUCAUAAAUCAUAGGGAACCUCUUUCGAGAAAUUAAUCUCAUUAGAUUAGCAUGUUGCUAUAAGUUUAAAGUUAAAAGUAAUGAUAUUAAAUUCUAAAUCUACAACAAUUACUUUUAAAAUAGAUGACAUUAUUGUACAAUAAUGGUCUUACACUUAGGGAUGGAUAGAUUAUACUCACAGUGAUAAAAAUUUUGAUGGAUUUUGGUAUUAUUAUACAUUAAGACAUGUCGAUAUUUUCGAAUAUGCUCAUACUACAAAUACAAUUAAAAUAACAAUAUAGACAUCAAUGAGUAGUUAAUAUACCUCUUGGGCUCCAUGGUUUGGGAUUCGUGACUUUCAACUUUUUAUUAAAUAAAAUACAAAUGCAAAUUAAAAAUGUUAAGAUUAUACUUAAAGUGGUUUAGAUGGAUGUUUGUCUAUUAAUUUGAUAAAUAUUUAAGGUUGUGAAAUUUGUGUUAGAGGAAUAUGUAUUUAUUGUUAGAAAGGAUGGUAAUAUGUUGAGAUUACUAAGAGUUGUUUAUCUAUUUGUGGAGAUACUAUAAUUACAUCAUUAGAGGAAUGUGAUGAUGGGAACUCUAUACCUUUUGAUGGAUGUUAUAAUUGUAAAUUUUCAUGUCCUUUAGAAUGUGACAUAUGCUAAUUCGGUUUAUGUGUUUCUUCUAAUGAUUCAAAUUAAUCAAAUUAAUGUUUACCUUAACAUUUAGUUUCUUAUCCUAGAAAAAAAGAAUAAUUUUAUCUACCUAUAUGUUAAUAUUAAGUUUUUUCAAAUUAUUACUAAUUUGGUAUUCCAAUCCAUAAUAAGAUCAAAAAAUAUAAUUAUUAUUGUGAUUUAAAUUGCAAUUUAUGUUAAUUUGAUAUAUGUUUAGUAUGCUAAAAAAACUAUGUUUUAAUUAAUAAUUAAUGCAUUCACACUUGUUAUGAUUUAGAACUUGAUGGCGAUUUUUAAGAUUAUGGAUGCUAUUUAUAAAGCAAGAAUUUUGUUGAAAAACUAUUUUAAUAUUAAAACCCCAUUGAUUCAAUUACAAUGUAGCAAUUUGAUUAAAAUAUGAAUAGCUUGAUGAAAUAUAUAAAUUAUCAAUAUUAUUAAAUUAAUAAUAAAAAGAUAGAUUAAUGUAAGGAUAGUAAAAUAGAAAUUUGUUUUGAAUGUUAGAAUAAAUAUAAACUUAGCAAGAAUAGUAGAGAAUGUAUUCCAAUAAUAGAUUAAGAAUUUUGUGAUAAUUAAUAUAAUUAAUAAUUUGAUGGAUGUUAUAAAUAUGAAUUAAGUUGUUAAUUAGAAUGUUUAGAUUGUUUAAAUGGUAUAUGUUUAUUAUGUCGAGAUGGAUGGUAAUUAAUAAAUAAUAAUUGUUAAUAAAUUUGUGGAGAUGGUUUACUAGCUAGUUAAUCUAUUGAAUAAUGUGACGAUAAUAAUUAAAUAAAUGGAGAUGGAUGUUUUUAAUGUGUUUUAGAAUGCAUUUAAAAUUGUAAUUUUUGUAUAAAUAAUCAUAAUUGUAUUAUAUGUGAAGAUUAUUUUGAAUUAAUUUAAAAUUAAUGUAUACCUAUAUGUGGAGAUUAAUAUCAGGUUGAAGGAUUAGAGGAAUGUGAUGAUGGAAAUUAGAUUCCUUAUGAUGGAUGUCAUAAUUGUUAAUUUUAAUGUGAAGUCAAUUGUAAAACAUGUAUUGAAGGAUUAUGCAUAGAAUGGAAUCAAUAAUAAGAUCAUAUAAAUAAUAAUGAUAAUAAUAAUAAUAAUAAUAAUAAUAAUAAUAAUAAUAAUAAUAAUAAUAAUAAUAAUAAUAAUAAUAAUAAUAAUAAUAAUAAUUAUCCAGAAUAAUAAUCAAUAAAUAAAAAUUGUAUUUAAGGAUGUUUAUUAUGUUCUAAAGAUAUAUGUUAAAAAUGUGAAUAAUUUUCAACGCUUGAGGAUGGUUAAUGUAUAAAAUGUGGUAAUGGAUAUAAAUCAGAUGAUGAAUUUUGUGAUGAUGGUAACACUUUUAAUAAUGAUGGAUGUUCAGAAGAUUGUAUAAUUGAAUCAGGAUGGGAUUGCAAUCUUUCAAAUCUCUAAUUUAAUACAUGUCAUAAAAUUGCAAAUCUUAAUCUACAAUUUUUAAGUCAAUCUUUUGAUACCUAAUAUAUUCGUUUAACUUAUACUAAAAAAGUUAAAUUAGAUGAAUCAAAUCCAUUCUUUAUUGAUUCAACUUCAUUUUCUAUUUAAGAUAUCUAACCUGAAAAAUAUAAUUUAACCAUUCAACCAGUAAUUCCUAUUAUUCUUGAAUAAGCACGAGAUAUUAAUUAUAAUAUUAUCAUUACUUUUCUACUAAAAAUUGAAAUUCAACCUAAUCUAACAGUUUCAAUUUAUACUUCAUUAUACGAUGAAAAUAAUAUUAUGGUCCCUCCAAAAUCAUUAAAUAUUUAACUUAAAAUACCUUAAGUAAUGGACACAUAUUAAUUAGAAACAACUAAAGAAAUAUAAAAAUUAGGAUAAAAUCUUAUGA